AUGGAAGCAAUGGUAAAGUUUUGGAGGGGAAUACCACAACAACAUUAAUUCACCCUACAAGGAUUCCUGUACCAAGGCUCUAUGAACACGGCUGAGCGGGGAACACGGUCCGAAUUCUACAUGCAUUUGCGAAGCGAAAAACGGGCACGAUGAGUGUUUCUAUCGGCGAUAAAAUUGAGGAUUUUAAAGUCCUCACCCUCCUUGGAAAAGGCUCCUUUGCAUGUGUUUAUCGAGCAAAAUCGAUCAAGACUGGUCUGGAGGUUGCUAUUAAAACGAUUGACAAAAAGGCAAUGCACAAAGCUGGUAUGGUCCAACGUGUGACAAAUGAGGUGGAGAUUCAGUGCCGACUGAAACAUCCUUCGGUACUAGAGCUGUACAACUAUUUUGAGGACAGCAACUAUGUAUACCUGGUGUUGGAGAUGUGCCAUAAUGGAGAAAUGAGCAGAUACCUCAAAGAGCGCAAGCAGGCUUUUUCUGAGGAUGAAGCAAGGCAUUUCAUGCAUCAAAUUGUUAAAGGAAUGCUGUAUUUGCAUACCCAUGGCAUCUUACAUCGAGACCUGACCUUGUCCAACCUUCUGCUGACCAGCAAUAUGAACAUUAAGAUAGGAGACUUUGGUCUGGCCACUCAGCUCAAACUCCCAAAUGAAAAGCACUUCACCAUGUGUGGGACACCGAACUACAUCUCCCCGGAGGUGGCCACCCGCAGUGCUCAUGGCCUGGAAUCCGAUGUCUGGUCACUUGGGUGCAUGUUCUAUGCCUUCCUAAUGGGUCGUCCUCCUUUUGAUACAGACACUGUCAAACACACACUCUCGAAAGUUGUUCUUGGUGAAUAUGAGAUGCCAAGUCAUGUUUCUGUGGAGGCUCAGGACCUGAUCCAUCAGUUGCUGCAGAAGGACCCUGCCCAGCGGCCUAGUCUAUCUGCUGUGCUGGACCACCCGUUUAUGACAGAAAGCCUUUUGGCCAGGACCAAGGAGCUGCGCCUGGAGGACGAAGGAUCUAUAGACAGUGGCAUUGCCACCAUCUCCACAGCCUGUACAUCCUCCACCUCAGCCAGCAGCAACAGCCGACUCCAAAGGAAAACCAGGCACAUGUUUGGCUCCACCCUGCCUAACCGCAUGACACCCAUCCCUAGUCUCCCACGCCAACCUAACAGUGCCUGUUUUGAGGAUGGAGACCAGUGGCAGCAGCAGCAUCUGCAAGACAGAUUUCAAAGAGAGAGCAGAAGCAGGGCUGUCGAUACUGGAGACAGUGGACAGCCACAUUCUCGCUACCUAAGGAGGGCCCACUCCUCAGAUCGGUCAGGCUCUGUCGUACCAGGGCACGGCUCUAGUCACAGUGAGCUUGUGAGAUGCCAUUCAGAGGAAACUGUGAGUGACUUAGGAAGACCUGUGUUCCCCAUGUCUACUACCUCUCACCCAUAUUCAGAGCAUGGAAGACUCCCCUCUCCCCCUGUCAAACAGUCAGGAAAUUUGGGAUAUCCCUUAUCCAUAAACAGCGCACAUUUGCCAAACUUACAAUUUCAAGACGUGGAUGGAGUUACACAUUGGCUCAAUAAUGAGGGUUCUGGGCAGAAACCUGCAGGCAGCAGCAGUGGGAGUUUCCACAACACCAGAGGACCUGUGGGGGUCCAUAACUCAUGGACAGAUGUGCCUGUGGGCCGAGGUGUGAAUCCUCAGCACCACCUGCACCCUUCACAUCUCCAGAACCAUGACUCAUACAGGGAGAAUAUACCUGGAGCUGAGUUUCAGCCUCCUCACAGCAGAGAGUUAAAGCCCCCCUCUGCUAAGCCCUGUGUGGAAAAGGAGAAGAAAGCGCUGCGGGACAUAGUCUUGCCACUGUGUGCAUCCAGACUGAAGCCUAUCAGACAGAAGACCAAAAAUGCCGUUGUGAGCAUCCUGGACACAGGUGAAGUGUGUAUGGAGCUGUUAAAAUGCCACGGUGGUCAGGAGAGAGUUAAAGAAGUCCUUCGCAUUUCCUGUGAUGGUUCAAUGGUGACGAUAUAUCAGCCUAAUGGUGGUAAAGGUUUCCCUGUGAUGGACUGUCCACCUGCUCCUCCAGAGGACAUUCUCAUCUGUAGCUAUGACGACCUACCAGAAAAAUACUGGAAGAAAUACCAGUAUGCAUCCAAGUUUAUCCAGCUCGUGAAAUCCAAGACUCCCAAAGUGACCCUUUACACCAAGUACGCGAAGGUGAUGCUGAUGGAAAACUCUCCCAACGCAGACCUGGAGGUUUGCUUUUAUGACGGGGCAAAGACCCACAAGACAUCGGAGCUGGUGCGUGUGGUGGAGAAAAGUGGGAAGUCGUACACAGUGAAGGGGGAGGUGGGUCUGAGCGGCCUGAGCCCAGAGAGCAAGCAGUAUGUGGAGCUGUCGGAUGAAGGCCACAGCAUGUGUCUGUCUCUGGAGGCCGCCAUCACCGCAGAGGAGCAGCGCAGCAGCAGCAACGUCCCCUUCUUCCCCAUAACUAUCGGCAGGAGACCCAUGAACCCAGACUCCCAAGGCUCAUCAUCGCUGCCCUCACACCCAGUCGCUCCUGAAACUACUUCAUCUCCACAAGCUCCACAAAUCACUCCUUCAAUGAUCUCCUAUGACGGGUCUGAUUUCACAACAGCCAGUCUGAGUAAGAAACACUCCUCAGUGCGACAGGACCUGGUGCAGAGCACAGGGAAAGUGGUCAAGUCCAUAUUUGUGCCCAAUGUUGGAUGGGCGUCCCAGCUGACCAGUGGAGAGGUCUGGGUGCAGUUCAACGACGGUUCCCAACUGGUGGUCCAAGCAGGAGUUUCCUGCAUCACAUAUACGUCUCCAGAAGGCCGGAUCACCAGGUAUAUGGAGAAUGAGAAGUUGCCAGAGCACGUCAAAGAGAAGCUGCACUGUCUCUCCACCAUCCUCGGACUGUUGGCCAAUCCGACAGUACAUCACCUACAAUCACAUUAGCGCCGCAGCGCAGAACGUAGCAUUAGAGCCUUUAUACCUUGUGUCCGGUGCUUUUGUAAAUAUGUGUUUUUUUUUUACAUGUACAGAAGACUUAAGAUUAUGAAAAGAGAUUUUAUUUUAUUAAGUAGAUAUUUUGUAUAGCGUCGUAAUUGGCCUUGUGGGAAGAAGUUUGUAUGUCUGUCACUUCUUUUGUAUCAGUGUCUGCGAUCGUUCUAUGAAAUGAAAUGUGUGACUCAUAAAUACUGAGGCAAUAAACUUCUGGAGGCUGAGUGAAGAAUAUCUGUACUUUGUUUUGCAGUUUUCUUUUAUACAUUAAAUUCACCAC